UCGUUAUCGAAUAUUGUGGAUCUUGAUCAAGAAGGAUCCAUGUCACUGACGGGUAGCUGCCGGAGACAAGCAUUUUGGCCAACGUUGACCAGACGCCAUGGACCCGCAUGCUGCCGGAUGCUGUCAUGAUAGAACGGUGCUAGUAGCUUUCCAAGAUAUAAAAGCAUCCGUCAUUGGCUCAUGACGACUACUUCAAUACCUCCGACCAGAAAUCCCACGGGUCCACAAUCGGAAUGUCUGAACACGUCCAACACCCAAGAUACGCAGACCAUAAACCCAAGCAAGAUGGCUACGAAUACGAAAUGGAGGUCUAUGAUCGUGGUCUCGAUUUUGACCGCCCACCGCUCACUUUCCAAGCCAGCAAGUGGGAAGAGCUAGCCUGCGACCGGCUUUCUGCUGACGCAAAGGGUUAUGUAUACGGGUCUGCGGGUGUCCGUGAGACUACCAACAAGAAUAGAGAAGCAUUCAAGAAGUGGUCCAUUGUCCCGAGGCGGAUGGUCAAGACCGAAAAGUUCCCCGAUUUGAGCACCACGGUUUUAGGGGAGAAAUUGCAGUUCCCAAUCGCGAUGGCGCCUGUUGGCGUGCUUAAGAUUUUCAAUCCGGAUGGAGAAGUGGCGGUUGCCAAGGCAGCGGCGAAAGAAGCCAUACCGUACAUCUUGAGUACAGCAUCGAGUACCUCAACCGAAGAUACUGCUGCCGCAAACGGUCCCGACGGACAGCGGUGGUACCAACUCUACUGGCCUAGCCGCGAGCACGACGACAUAACAAUCUCGUUACUGCAACGCGCAAAAACAUCAGGCUUCACCGUGCUCUUCGUAACGCUCGAUACGUACAUUCUCGGCUGGCGCCCAUCAGACAUGGAUAACGGUUACAAUCCAUUUCUUCGCGCAGAUCGAACGGGGGUUGAGCUGGGGAUGACAGACCCCGUGUUCCGAAAGCAUUUCAAAGAACGCCAUGGCGUAGAGGUGGAGGAAAAGAUCGACAGUGCGGCGCCGGAGUGGAUGCGUACUAUUUUCCCAAGCUGGAGCAAAGGCUGGGAAGAUAUCAAGUUCUUGCAAGAACACUGGGAUGGUCCAAUUGUGCUCAAGGGAAUCCAAACUAUUGGUGAUGCUCAACGCGCCGUUGACGCAGGCGUUCAAGGUAUUGUGGUCUCGAACCAUGGUGGUCGCCAACAAGACGGCGGGAAUAGCUCGCUCGGCAUGUUGCCUCACAUAGCCGACGCUGUUGGUGACAAACUUGCCAUAUUCUUUGAUAGCGGCAUACAAAGUGGCAGUGAUAUCGCAAAGGCGCUGGCGCUGGGAGCUGAUUGCGUAUUGGUUGGCAGACCAUAUGUUUAUGGGCUUGCUUUAGGGGGUGAGCGUGGAGUUGGUCACGUUCUCAAGUCUCUUAUGGGCGAGCUAGAGUUGACGUUGCAUCUGUCGGGAAUUCCAAGUGUAGACAAGAAAGAUUUGAACCGCAGUGUGCUGGUGAGGGAGGAAGACCUAUUCAACAACGUGAAAGGGAUAGCUAUUCGAUGAGGAAUACUUUGUGUUCAGAUUGCUUCUCAUCUAUCGUCAAUAUCGAAUUCACUGUUGAUUGAUGAUCGUCUCACCUCACCUUCAUCGCCGCUAUCUCACAUGCGCAAGCACCAACCCAAUAUCUCCAGCCUUGUCUCACGCUGCAACUCCCUUUACCAGACUUCUUCACGUCUACCAAGUAGUCCAGUAGACACAUUCAUACUUGCUCAUUUCUAGCUUAGUCCAAGUCAUACACCAAUCUAUUCGUCGAGAGAAAGGACGGCAAUAUGACUGGAACUGAGACGAUCGAAUUCAAGGUAACUGGACCUAAGAUCUCAGCCAAGCGACAAGCAGACUCUGCAGCCAACCCCACAUCAUCC